UCCCCGCGCGGCUGCAGGCGAAGCUGUGUGUGUUUCUAGUGUCGCAGUGACUGCUGUCGCAUCGGGAUCUUGAUCGUGAUGGGUACAAAGGCGAAAGUCGGCGGUACAGAGUUGCUCCUCUUCACGUCGAUGAUCCUGUGCUUCCUGGCAUUGGGCAGGGGUGCAGUGCAAACCUAUGAACCGGUAGUCAAAGUUCCUGAGAAUAACCCUGCCAAGCUGUCCUGCUCCUACUCGGGCUUCUCCUCGCCCCGUGUGGAGUGGAAGUUUACCCAUGGUGAUAUCAGAGGUCUCGUUUGCUAUAACAACAAAAUCACAGCUUCCUAUGAGAACCGAGUUACCUUCUCGGAUAGUGGCAUCACCUUCCAUUCUGUGACCCGGAAAGACACGGGGAUGUAUACUUGUAUGGUCUCUGAUGAGGGCGGCAACACCUAUGGGGAGGUCACCGUCCAGCUCAUCGUGCUCGUGCCUCCAUCGAAGCCUACAAUCAAUGUCCCCUCCUCUGUUACCAUUGGAACCCGAGCUGUGCUGACCUGCUCAGAGAAAGAUGGUUCCCCACCAUCUGAAUACAGGUGGUUCAAGGAUGGGGUAGAGAUGCCUCUGGAACCCAAGAGCAACCGUGCCUUCAGCAACUCUUCCUAUACCCUGAACCUCAAGACAGGGGAGUUGAUCUUUGAUCCCGUGUCGGCCUCUGAUACUGGAGAUUUCACCUGUGAGGCACAGAAUGGCUAUCAGUCCCCCGUGAAGUCAGACACCGUGCACAUGGAUGCUGUGGAGCUCAAUGUCGGGGGCAUCGUGGCAGCUGUCCUCGUAACGCUCAUUCUCCUGGGAGCCUUGAUUUUUGGCAUCUGGUUCGCCUAUAACCGAGGCUACUUUGACAGAGCAAAGAAAGGGACCUCCAGUAAGAAGGUAAUUUACAGCCAGCCCAGUGCUCGAAGUGAAGGGGAGUUCAGACAGACCUCGUCAUUCUUGGUGUGACCCUGGUCCGGCUUCUCUCCAGUGCUUGCCUUACUCAGGUGCUACCAGACUCUGGCCCCUGAUGUCUGUACUUUCACAGGAUGCCUUAUUUGUCUUCGAGCCCCCUCAGGGGCCCCCACUAUUACCUUAGGUUGUGUUUUGUAAUAAUUUCAGCCAUGUGCACCUUCCUGCCUCCCUUCCUUUCCCACCACUGGCUGAGUGGCCUGCAACUUGUUUAAAGCCUUCUUGUCCCAGCCCUGCAAGGGAUCAGAGAGAAGUCCUGACUGAUGCCUGCUAACCGCAAGUAGACCACAAGAGCAGUGGGGUACCCACUGCCGCUGCAUGUGGUGGUUCUCAGAUAGGAAUCUGGAGCCUGGCUUCUUGCCUCCUUCCUGCUGUGCAGCUUUCUCGAGUGGAGACUAGAGCAGCUGAAAUGGUUGUUUGGAAACGGUGUCGAGUCUCUGCCACCUCUGCAGGCCACUGUUUUCUGUCUUCCAUGGGAAGUGCCACUGGGAUCCUCCUGCACCAUCCUCUUCCUGAACACAAGCAGACUGACAACUGUGUCUGCAGGGAAAACAAGACGCUGGUCUGCAGAAAACAAAGCUGGAGGGGAUAGCUCAAGCUAUCACACUUCUCUUGGUUGGAACAACUCGACCUGCCCUUUUAAGAUAUGUCUGCAGGGUUAUGGAAAUUUGUGUAGCAGUCAGUUCUGCUGAGCAUGUGAGUGUGUGUGUUUGUGGUCUUAGCUCUCUGUUGAAAUCAAGUGUUCCAGAGUCCUCUUGGGGUGGGAGGGGAGCACCUGGCUGAAGUGACGCUGUGCUCCAGGUUCCACGUGAUCUGACUCACCCAGGGAAAGAAGCCCACCCUCCCACCUCUGCCAACCCAGAUGUGCUAGUACACUUCCCAGAGGCUACAGGAAAAGCGCUCCAGAGCCUGAGGCAGGAUUUCUCAAAUCCUCCGGAGAACCACUUCUUUAGUAGUAAAGUAGUACUACUUUAAUUAGAGGAUAGGUGUAAGUGAGAACAGGAGUGAGUGGGGUAGACACGCCUGUCCCUGCUUUCCUCAUCCCAUCUGGACCCUUCUUUGCCCUUGAAUCUAUUUCUCCCUUUACCCAAGUAGUCUAUUUAUUAUCUAGCAAGAGGGCAAAUAAGGGAUCUUCUAGGACUGAUUUUGCUAAUUUUGUGGAGGAUACUGUGCACCGUUUCACCAUAUUCUGUACCCUUAUCUGACAGUCCCUCCCAGAACUAAGUUUUCUUUUCAUCCAGGGGUCCAGAAGGAAAAACAAAAAACAAAUCAUAUUGUCACGCACCAAUAAAAAAUAAGCUUUCCAGGUGGAAAUAAAAUCGAAUCAGGCAAUAAAAGUAGAGAUUGUGAAACGGUUCAGUAAGAAUGAAAAUUUCAACGUGUGUUUCAGUUUCCUGGUCGGGAGACAGGGUGGGUAGGAGUCAAGGGAGUAAAGGGCACAGGGAGGCAGAGGUGAAUCACAGCUCUCGCGAGUCUGGAGCAAAUGGUUCCUCACUCCCUAGGUCACUUGUGAGGAGUAUGAGUCAGUGAUUACCAGCCUUGGAAUUUACAUCUCCAGCUAACAACAGCCCCUUUGAGUUGGAAAACACCUCGUCUGCUUUCAUUUUAGAAUGUUAAAACUAAUUUUUUAAUAAAUGUUUAUUUUUCACA